AAAUUUCACUCCUUUUACCCACAGGACAGACAGGCAGCAACAUUUUUUUCCCAAUGGGGCUUUAGUGCUUGGACAAAACCUUAUUCCAGUGAGGGUGUGUGGGCUCACGCUGCGUAAAAGGGUUUGUGAAUUGCGUCUCGAUAAGGCACGGGUUGUCCCAGAAUGGCAUUUGAUGUGCUGCAAGUAAAUGUUUCCUCCGCGCCCUGUGUAAGAAACGCAGCCGGCGUCGGAGAAAGCUGUGUUCACCGAGUGCAGAGUUCAGUGACCGAAGCAAGAGACUGAAAGCCUGACUCACCGCUGCAACGCCUGAACACCGAAGAAGAAGUAGAAGAAGAAGAAGAAAAGUGCAAGAGAGAGACAGAAGUUUAAGCAAAGGAGUGUUAGCAAUAGGCAAGGGGGAAAAAAGAGGUGAGGAGACGGAGACAGAGAAAGAGAGAGAGCGACAACUGCAGGAAAAAGGAGAAAGUCAAGUUGGGUCGAGAGGGCGAGAGACAUAGAAAGUGAGUGUGGGAACAAGAGAGAGAGAGAGAGAGAGGCUGCAGACUGACUGACAGAUCUGAGUGGGCGCAGGCAGGCCUGAGGUCGGAGGUCAAGCAGAUAGAGGCACUGCUGACCCAGCAUUAGCCCCGCCCCUCUGCACCCGCUGAAGCCACAAACCCGCCCCCACCCGUCACCCUCCACCCACCUGACAGCCCCUCCAGGGUCACCAGACUGGGCGAGCUGGGAGAACUGGUGAGGAGGAGAGGCCACCAUGAGCGACCAGAACGUCGUCAAGGAAGGCUGGGUGCAGAAAAGAGGUGAGUACAUCAAGAACUGGCGACCGCGCUACUUCCUGUUGAAGACGGACGGCUCCUUCAUCGGCUACAAGGACAAGCCGCAGGACGCCGACCUGGCCUACCCGCUCAACAACUUCUCUGUAGCAAAAUGUCAGCUGAUGAAGACGGAGCGGCCCAAGCCCAACACCUUCAUCAUCCGCUGUCUGCAGUGGACCACCGUCAUCGAGAGGACUUUCCAUGUCGACUCCCCUGAUGAGAGGGACGAGUGGGCCGAGGCCAUCCAGAUGGUAGCCGAGUCCCUGGCCAAGCAGGAGGAGGAGGGGAUCCUCUGCAGCCCCACCUCGCAGAUCGAGAACGUCAACGAGGAGGAGAUGGACACCUCCAUCAGCCACCACAAACGAAAGACAAUGAAUGACUUUGACUAUCUGAAGCUGUUGGGCAAAGGCACUUUUGGGAAAGUCAUUCUGGUGAAGGAGAAGGCGAGCGGCACCUACUACGCCAUGAAGAUCCUCAAGAAGGAAGUCAUUAUAGCCAAGGACGAAGUUGCUCACACACUCACAGAAAGUAGGGUAUUAAAAAACACCCGGCAUCCGUUCUUAACUUCUCUGAAGUAUUCGUUCCAGACGAAGGACCGGCUGUGCUUUGUCAUGGAGUACGUCAACGGAGGAGAGCUGUUUUUCCACUUGUCAAGAGAACGAGUGUUUUCAGAGGACCGCACCCGUUUCUACGGCGCUGAGAUCGUCUCUGCUCUUGACUACCUACAUUCUGCCAAGAUCGUCUACCGCGACUUAAAGCUGGAGAACCUGAUGUUGGACAAAGACGGCCACAUCAAGAUCACUGACUUUGGCCUCUGCAAAGAAGGCAUCACCGACGCCGCCACCAUGAAGACCUUCUGUGGGACACCGGAGUACCUGGCUCCUGAGGUGCUGGAGGACAACGACUACGGCCGGGCGGUGGACUGGUGGGGUUUGGGCGUGGUCACGUACGAGAUGAUGUGCGGCCGCCUGCCCUUCUACAACCAGGACCACGAGAAGCUGUUCGAGCUCAUUCUCAUGGAGGAGAUCAAGUUCCCCCGCACCCUGUCGGCCGACGCCAAGUCCCUCCUGUCAGGCCUACUCAUCAAGGACCCCAACAAGAGGCUCGGCGGCGGGCCGGAUGAUGCUAAGGAGAUCAUGCGUCACAGUUUCUUCGCCACAGUCGACUGGCAGGACGUCUACGACAAGAAGCUGGUCCCGCCCUUCCAGCCCCAGGUCACCUCGGAGACGGACACCCGCUACUUCGACGAGGAGUUCACAGCACAGACCAUCACCAUCACUCCCCCCGAAAAAUUCGAUGAAGAUGGGAUGGACGCGGCGGACAGCGAGCGAAGGCCUCAUUUCCCACAGUUCUCCUAUUCAGCCAGCGGGCGGGAGUGAGCGCUCCAGCCCAGCAGCCAGUAUCGCCCCCAUCCGUGGCCAUUUUGAGGAAAACACGUAGCCAUUUUAGGAAAAGAAAAAGAAAAAAAAAAAGUCUCCCCUCUUUUUCUCCUUCUCUGCCUCACGCAGACGGGGAGAAGUCUUUUUAGGGACUUUAAAAGAGGUUUUGCACAGUGGGAUCGACUCAAACCGGUCUGCCCACACUAAAAAAAAAAAAAAAAAAUAAGUCCUACAUUUUCAACGCUAUUUACUGCAGAAGGCAAUGUUUUUGUUAUUUAUUUUUUCUUUCACUCUCUCUCUCUCUCUCUCUCUCUCUCCGUCAGUAUUAAGUUGUCGACCCGGGUUGUGUUCAUCUUUGUUGUUUUUUUUUUUUUUUUUUUUAUUUCCCCCCGUUUCUCUUCUUUUUGACUUUUUUGCACUUGGUUUGGAAGAGCCGUUUUAGGGAACAAAAACCAAAAAUGUUGCCUUACGUGUGCAGAUGUUUCGUAUCAUACCGACAGGGUGUUUUCUGGGAAGGGGGGGUCGGGCGGGUUGGGGAGGGGAGGGGGUGUAAGAGGGUGAUGUGUGGGAGGGGGUGGGGGAGGGGGGAUUCUUAGUUGAGAAUAAGUGCAUGGCUCGUGGUUCACUCAAAAAAAACAAAAAAACAAAAAAAACUACUUCUGUUCUUUCUCAUAUACAUUUGCCAUGGCAGCGCACAUUCCCCCAAUCCCAUGGCAACAGAAAUCACUGUCUACAGGUAAACAAAAAACAAACAAACAAACAAAAACCCUAGAGAAAAAAAACAAACAACAAAAUGAACAAAAGAAGCGAAAGAAAGAAGGAAAGAAAACGAGAAUGGACGAGUCUGUAUCAUUCCUUUUCAUCGUUGCAGUGUUAUUUCUUUGCUUAAUUUUUUUUUUUUAUAACCCGUUUUUUUUUCUCCCUCUCUCUCUCUUUAGUUGUACUUUCAUUUUCCAAAAAAAAAACGAAAAAAAAAACAAACACAAAAAAGAAAGGAGGAAAAAAAAAAAAAAAAAACAAACAAAACAAGAAAAAAAAAAAAAAAAAAAAAAAAAAAAAAAACGGAAACACUAAACUGCCAGAAACUGCACAGUUCACUCAGGCGCCACAGAGCACAACCGCAUUCAACUCAGCUAACCGCUCUAGCUUUACACAGCCAGCAGGGAAACCUCGGCACCGCUCCCUCGCUCCGACAGGACGCUUCCUGCUUCCUGUCCCACAGCCGGCCGCUUCCUGUCCGCCGCUCUGUCCCCUCAUCGUAGCUGUAGCACUUAGUGGUAUGGAUGUUUACACAGGGAAACUUGGCUUAAUGUAUGUGGGACAUUUGGGUUCAACCGUAUGCUGUCUCACACACACACACACACACACACACACACACAGACACACACACUGCGCUCGCAAACAGGAAACAGCUGGGAGUUCUCCAUACAGGACGGGAGAAUCAGUCAAAAGCAAAAUCAAAGUCACACGUAUUAUGCAUACAUGCUGUCACACACACACACACACACACACACACACAUAUCAGGGUUCUUACGCACGUCUAAAAAAAAAAAAUGAAAAGAAAGCAGAAUUCGGUCGUUUCUCAUUGAUAACAGCAGCACACGCGCAAAAAAAAACGUCCCUGAGGAGAGCGCACACGCAGGUUAUUAAGAAAAAAAAAAAAAAAAACAAAUCUCUGAGAAUCC